AUGGAAAAUAAUGAUAUUACUGUUGGUCGACGAAAUUUGUCAACAUCGUCAUGUACAUGUCAUCGUCCAAGUCCAUACAAUGAAAAUCAGCUCUGGUCAUUACAAAAGGCAUUUUUAUAUAGUUUUAAUCUAUUUAUAGAUAAAACAUACACCUUGUCGCAUUGGUCAUAUGGCCUAACUUCAGUUGGUUCAUCAUUAACACAUGCACAGCGUACAAAAAUGAUAAAUUAUGCUAAAUCUGACGUGAUGGCGGUGACCUAUCUCAUCAGGCCAAUUACUGAACAAUGGUCGUUUGCAAGAACAAAAGAAUCAAGCAUUGAAGAAAUGUUUAUUACAUUUCAAUCAACACGACCACCACCAUUACAUCAACCAAAAUCGAAAAAGAAGAUAAAAAACAUUAAUGUUCAAAAAUUGUCGAAAAUAUUUUCAUCAAUUAAGGAUUCUGAUUAUGAAUUAAUAUCAUCAGAUGAAGAAAUUUAUUUAAAUCAAUUGAUAGAACCAGUUGUAAACGUCCAUCCUCCUGAAGAUCAAAUUAAUAAUGAUGAUAUUGUACAAGAUGCUAUUCGAGAUUUAGAUGAUGAUGUUGAAUUACAAAUUGAAGUACCAACAACUGAUGUUAUAGUGAAUGAUCAUAAUGAUGCUGAAGCGAUGAGUGUUAACGAGGAGAUUAAUCCACCUGAACAUCAACAACAACGAGUUAAGAAAAAAAGAUCACUUGAAGCUAAACAAAAGAAAAAUCGAAACAGGAACGUGCAAUUACGAUCAACUCGAUUUAAAAAUUAUUUCACCCGACCAUAUUAUUAUAAAUUCAAAUCAAAAACCAUCAAAAAAGUUCUUCAUCAUUAUGGUGUACAAUUUCGACACACCAAAUUUUCAUAUGAUCAAGUGGUUAUUGGUGUUAAAACUGAUAAAGCCCGACGUUGCAAUAAAUUUUGGGACGGAUCCACAACUAUCAAAGAACGCAAUGGAUUAUAUAUGCAGCUUGAAAUCAUGUGCUAUAAUUGUAAAUCUCGCAGUCGUUUAUAUUUAUCACCGAAAAUGCCAGCUGGUGGACAUCAUGAGAUUAAUAUUCGGUUAGGUAUUGGUGGUACUCUAUGUGGAUUAGAUCGUACUGGAAUCAUGAAUUUGCUAGAUGCUUUAAAUCUACCAUCACCGAUUCAGAAACACAAGUACCGUGAAACACAAGAAUUUAUUUUGAACUAUGUUGAAAAAGCUCAAGAACAAUCAAUGAUUACUGCUGUUGAAGAGGCUGUCGUUGAAGCUGAUGGUGUACGAGAUUUAGUAGCAAGCGGUGAUGGUGCAUGGCUUACUCAGGGACACUCUAGUCUGCAUGGAAUCGCUACUUUAUGUUCAACAACAGCCAAUCGAAAAGUUAUAGAUACUAAUUGGUGUUCUGAAACAUGGACUAAAACAUCAGGUGCAAAGAAAAAAGAAAUGAUUCAUGAAAUGUUUUGCCGAUUCUUAUCAAUAUAUAAAAUUAAAUAUACUUCAUAUAUUGGAGAUGGUGAUGCUAAAGUUCAUAGUUUUCUAACAAGUAAUCCUCCAUAUCCUGGUGUUACUAUAAAAGAACUUGAAGAUACAAAUCACAUUGCAAAACGGAUGUUGAGUCGCAUCAAAAAGAUCAAGCAAGAGAAUGGGAAAGUAACAAACAGACGUAAGAAAAGAACAACUGCUGCUGCUAAUAAUUCUUGCAUUGAAAGCGAUGAUGAAAUGUUAUUCAUGCUUAAUGAUAAAAAUUCUGUUGAUAUUACUCAAGAUUUAAUAGGAUUGGAACUAACAGAUGAUGAUACAAAUACUGACUAUGAACCUGGAGAAGAUGAUUAA